ACAUCACAUCCUUUGGUCUCCUCGGAGCUAGACGGAGAAGCUUCUCCACCCUUCACCGAGCCGGGGCCCCCCUCCUCUUACCGGGACUCGGCCAACUUUCUGGUUCCAUUGGGGCUGCUGGACGGGGCGGGAAGUACCAAGUGAGCCAAAGAUGGGCUCCAGCUCCGCCGUCGGAUCCCUGCUCCUGCCUCUCGCCCUGCUGCUGCAGCCCUUCGGGUCCCAAGCGCAGCAGGGGUUCCGGAUGAACCCGACGGAGAAGCGGGACGUGAGGCAGUCUGAGCAGGUGCGGCUGCAGUGCGAGGCGCUGAGCUCCUCGAACACGGGGUGCUCGUGGCUGCGCCAGGCUCCCGGAGCCCUGAUCCCCACCUUUCUGCUCUACAUCUCGGGCGGCACGAACAGCGUGAAGCUGGCCGACGGCCUGGACGCCACGAAAUUCGCGGGGGAGAAGGUCUCGCCCUCCACCUACCGCCUGACCGUGAAGGACUUCCGAGCACAAGACCAGGGCUACUACUUCUGCGUGGUCACCCGCAAUGCCAUCAUGUACUUCAGCCCCUUUGUAGCUGUCUUUCUACCAGUAAAGGCCACUACCCCUGCGCCCAAGCCCAAGACUACCACUCUUCUGACCACCAUCGGCUCUCCCAUCCAGAAUUCAGCAAAUUCUGGGAAAUGCAAGCCCAACGCCAGCUUCCAAGGAACGAAGGUAUUGGAUUUCUCCUGUGACCUGUACAUCUGGGUGCCCCUGACGGGUGUCUGUGUUGUCUUACUUCUGGCCCUGAUCAUUGCCAUUACCAUCUGCCAGAGGUCACGAAGACGAGUCUGCCGGUGUCCACGGCCCCUGAUCAGAGCAGGAGGAAAGUCUGGUCCACCAGAGAGAUUUGUUUAAUGAAGAUGGUGGACAUGAAGCGGCGACAAGCAUGAUGGUGGCUACUACAAAGCUAUUACCUGAGAUAUUUCACUGUAUAAAUUAGCAACGAUUUCCCCCUUCUGUUCCUUCUUCCCUUUUUUUGGAGGCAUGGUUGGGUGGGGGUAGGGGUGGGGAAUAUUCGUCUGGGAAAGUAUUCAUUUUUCUGUUUAUUUGGAGAAUUGCAAGAAGAAUGAACUUUGUUUCAGGGCCCCAGUCAAGAGAGUACUGUGAGGGUGCCUAAUUUGAAAGCACAAAAUGAUGGGCUGUGCCCAUCAGUCAUGGAAUCCUGGGACUGGAAGUCUUAGGGAUAUAUGUACUGGAGCCAGCUCACAGAACUUGGGCCAGUUGUAACAUUCUCACUGUGAACAUUGACAUCUGGGAAACUGAAGGGGGGAGGGGAAAUGCUACAAAUCGAGUCUUAAUUCAUUGUUUUGUCGGUUAUCUAGUCUUAAAGUGAAAAGGAAAAAAUAAUAAAUGCAUGUUAUUUGUCACUGAA